AUGAGCUACUCUUCCAACAAAUGCGAAGCUCCUGCAGAAUGGGACGUUUCCUUGUCCAAGGGUCUUCGUCCUACAACUUCAGUAUUGACCACACGUUACCAGAGGAGAAGCAGGGUGGAUCCGGUGCAAACGCAGAUCGCUGCCGGCCUUCUCAACGACACGCAGGAAGAAGGAUUGCGCUGCUUGCCGAAGGGGUGGUCCUCGUGGAUCGGUCCCGAAGGACAGCGCUACUUCGUCUUUGAUUCUACAACCCGCGUCGUCACGGAGGACUAUCUCUACUCGUCCGAUGUUCAAGACAAGAUCACCUUUUGGAUCAACGAGUUCAACAACCGCCUCGAAACCUCGCAGAUCUGCGUGCCGGCUUCUGCGGAACUCUUUCUGGCGUUGGACGACAAGAGCGACUCCUGCUUAUACUACCUCGUGGAUUACGCCACAUGCGUCGAGUUCUGGAUUGAGAAGGUCGACGCAGAAGACUUGGACAUGAUGCCCGCUGUUUCGACCUCACAUCUUCGUCUGCAGUUGAAGGAGCAUUUCUGGACGCACGUUGAACAGUUCCCAUGUCAUUCUUUGGACAAACUGUUGGUUAAUCGGGCGGAGCUCAUUCAAGUAUUCCUGCAUGCCCGGAAUGAUCAACUCACAUCAGCCUCCUCAACGUUCUGCUAUAGUGCCAAGCAGUGCGCGGAUUUUCUGGAGUUGCUCGACGCAGCUGAAUGUGCGACCCUGAGUUCAUGCUCUGUGGCCAUGACUGCUCGUCUUUGGGCUGUUGUAUUCUAUGGGGCACAUUGGCAGGCGGCCAUGGCACCGAUCCGAGAUGAAUGGAUCUUCUGCACUUUCUUGGGCUUUGCGAUAACGAUGGUCGACAUCAUGUCCUUUUUGCUUCCUGGAACAUGGCUCCCGAUGGCGUUGGCAUCGACGCUUCUGUCUGUAGUUGCAAUCGUAUCCGCUGUUUCACUUCUUGUGAAAUACCAGGAAGCGAUCAAAUGGGAAGCUACGGAUGCGGCUGAAUAUCUCGCGGAAGCGGCGAGGGAGACUACUGGCUUCCAAUGGACAGCCCUGGUGCUCAGCCUGCCGAGGGCGUCACUACUGUGGGCGCUUGGAUUGUUCUCGUUGCAGGGCUUCUUCUGGCUUCUCGAGGCGACGAACUCCUUUGUGGUCGGCGGUGUGAUGGUUGCCAUUUGUGCGAUCGUGCUGUGCUCGCAGGCGAGUCGCCUUUCGUUCGCCUGGCUCAAUGUUCCUUCCGGAGCCUUGCUGAGGGAGGAUUGUGCGGUGUAG